UAUAAAUCUUCCUCUUCCUCUGUCAAUUCUGUGUUGAUUCUUAUCAGAUAUGGGACAUCUAAGUGUUAUACUUGUAACAUUUUUGCUUCUGCAAACCCUCUCGGCUACAACUGAUUUCCUCUCUCCGAUCUAUGAGGAUGUGUGCAAAGGAGUUGAAUGUGGAAAGGGGGCCUGCAAGCCUUCUAAGAACAGCACUUUCUUAUAUGAAUGUGAGUGCAAUCCUGGUUGGAAGCAAUCUCUCUCUUCCCAUACUCAGGUUUUCACCUUUCUUCCUUGCAUAGUACCCAAUUGUACCCUGAACUACUCUUGCAUGGAAGCCCCUGCCCCUUCUCCACACAAAGAAAGAAGAUCCAAUGAAUCAGUGUUUGAUGCUUGCUUUUGGGUUGAUUGUGGAGGUGGGUCAUGUAACAAGACAUCACCCUUCUCCUACAGUUGCCAUUGUGAUGCCGGAUAUUACAAUAUUCUCAAUGCCACUGCCUUCCCUUGUGUCAAACAAUGUGCUAUUGGCAUUGGUUGCUCUAACCUGGGAAUUCCAAUGACGAACUCAUCUACCACAGCACCGCCACCAACAUUGUCCGCGAGCGCUAGCUCAACUCUCCAAGGAAGCUGUAUUGGGUUGCUUAUGUUGAUAAUGUUCAUGGCUAGUAUACAAUUGCAUUAGGGCUUUUUGUCCUUGAUCUUAAGACUUAAGAGUCUCUCAUUCUAUUUUUGGUCCGUGAACCCUGCAUGUUACUGAUCACUGAAUAAUGCCACACAGAGUUCAAUCGCAUGAUUAUUGUAAUGUUAUUGACACGGAAGCUAAGAUUAUAGGUUAUGGAAGUUGCAUCUUUCAUAUCAUUUUUGUCUUGUUAUUUCAUAGUAUUUACAAGAAAAAAUAUUAUUAUUCCAAACAGAUAUAUUCAGAGCCUUUGCUCAUAUGUUCCUUCUUGCAAA